UAGGUAGUGUCAUCGAAAUCACGCCUAAUGAGUUUGGGAUUUGGGCGUGUUUUGCCUCAAUCUCUCAAUUAUCAUUAUCUCAUAAUUUAAUCUUUUACCUUUUAUUUAAAUGAUAUAAUAUAAUGAAACGUUGGUUUUGCAUAUUUCCGUUCGUAACAUGCCUCAUGUGGCAUGUUGCUGUCAUAGCUCAGAAUACAGGAGGCUGCCAAAUUCCAUUAGUCAUCAGAGGAUCUUGGUUUUCAUGGGAAAAUGGCAAGAAUACAGAAACAGAAAUAAAUGCCAAUAGUAUGACUAACCGGGGCAUUUGUGUAAAUAUGAUAGAAGAAUAUCAUGUUAAUUAUACAUUUGUAUUUCGUGAUUCUAAUACUCCAGCCACGUAUGACAGCUGUUAUCAUUGUGUGAAGCUCAUUGUUAGAACAGUAAAUGUUUUGGAGAAAGUUGAAGUGAGUUGUGUAAAUUUGCCCAAUGGUGUUGAACCCACUGUGGAUAAUGUUUGCAGAGGUUUAAAUGCAAACCAACAGUUAAUAACAUUGUUUUCUGAGAAUUAUGUACCUGUAAACUGCAGAUCUUCUCUAGAAGGAGUUUGGCAAUUUGCUUAUCAAAAUCGAUUUAGAUUUACUGGAGAAUGUAAUAAUCCAGAUGCACAAAUAAAAUCUUGUCAGACUGCAGGAACCCAAUUUCUUAUAACCAAUCAAAAAUUUAAUAUUACUUAUAAGCAAUGUCCUGGAAUGAAAGGAACCUUUGAUGGAUUGGUAGAAUACAGUUGCUUGGGCGAUUGGUUUGUGGAUAAAAAUCACUUUUUCGCAGUAGCAAAUACAAAAGAAUCUCGAAAGGAUGAAAAAUACAGAUGCUUUUUAAAAAAUCGUGACGACGAUUUGUAUAUCGGUGUAUCGAUUACUGCAGAAUGUAAUACUCUUAAAACUGUCGAAAAGAGUCCGGAACGUUUACGAAUUACUCCAGUUAAGGCCGAGAUAGUUGAACCGGGUUGUCGUUUACCUGAGGAUAUGUCUGGGAAUUGGAUCAACACUGCAAAUAUUGAUGCAGAUAUUUUCAUUAACGAAACGCAUAUUAUUGAAACAUGGUAUCCGGAUCAAGGACGUUAUCGACGAACGAUUUAUGUCUGUCGUGAACAAAGGGACUCGAGAGUAAUGAUGGCGAGAUUGACUGUCGAUGGAUGCCAAAAGGACUAUGUUUGCUUCGAUUUUGUACCACGACAUCAUAAUGUUAUCAGAUAUCGACGUGGAAUAGCUGUAAUAAAAGACAACUUUCAUACAGUGUGUUCUUGGGUCCAAUUUCCCAAUAAGGAAAAUUGGAAAUAUGAUCUAUUUUUAGCGAAAAGUCCCGUCCCCGUGCGCUGUCCAGUAGCUGGCAAAUUUAUGUUUCAUCAACAAGGUGAUGUUCUCUUUGAGACAAGGAUUCUAGGCGGCGUCACUAAAUCUCCACGUCCCAAUAUCUAUUGUAAACAGAAUAUUUCCGAUUUUUCGGUCUGUAGUACCGAGCAAAAGGAGAUCGCCAUCGAUGAGACAUAUUGCUUAUCUGUAGAUCAUUUGGGAAAACCAGUUGACAUUUACAGUGAUCCAGACUAUGUAAUGAAAUGCAUAGGAUUUUGGAGGGAAAAUUUAAAAUCAUAUUUAAUAACUUAUGACGAACUGGAUCCUUUCAGUAAAUAUCGUUGUUGGGUGUAUCAAAGAGCUGAUUUGAACAGAGUUCUCAUGUCUCAAGCCAUUGGCCCAUUCUGUGAUCUCAAACAAGAUGUAACAAGUAACAAUUAUACAGAAGGUGCUGCAGUUGCACUAGAAUUGCAGGAAUACGAACGAGAACGUGAUAGAUGUCCGAUGUAUUUUGACGACGGGACUAAUCCUUGGAUAAAAACAGAAAACUAUAUCAAUGUCUUCGAUUUUUCGCGAAACCGCGGUAAUAUAAAAAGUAGUUUCUUAUUCUUAUUUAUCAUACCAAUAGUAAUAGCAUAUUAUAGUAGAGACAUAUAAAAAUAAUUCUCUUUGAGUAUCAAAAACGUGUUCAUUAAUUCUCACAAAGUUCUCAAAGCACGAUAAAUAUUUAAGAUAAUAUCGCAUAUACAUUUUUAAGUAAUUUUUUUGACAGUUUAUUUUGCACUGGUAUUAUAUAUAUAAUCCGUCCAUUUUGUAAUUACGUAUGUGCCUUUAAUAUUUACUGUUUUAUCUCUAAUCUUACAUAAGUAGAUAAUAUAUAAUGUAAAUAUCUUAACAUAUCGGUAGUCCGUCCAUAAAGAAUCUCUUAUAUAAAUGCAUUCUGGUUUAUACAUUAUUCAUUUUAUAUAUGAAUAUACAGACAAAAAAUUGCAACCAGGAUGAUUAGUUAAGUAUUUAUAUUGUUUUGUAAGAGGAUUGAAAUAGUGGCCUUGAAAUUAUAAAACAAUCUUUUAAUAUUAAACAUUUUUGCUGGCAAAAAAAAAGUGCAACAAUGUUUUAAAUGCUUUGGAUUUUAAGUAGAGAAUCAAAAAA